GACGAGCGUCGAAUGGUGCCGAACGUAUUUGUGGUCGAGCGCCCAGCGCUCAAUUCGGACUAAACGCCAUGACGGCCAUCAACUGGGUGUGCAAGCCGUUCGCCAAGCUCUCGGCGACCACGCUCUACGACAUUCUUCACGUCCGCUGCGCCGUCUUUGUCGUCGAGCAGCGAUGCGCCUACUUGGACGCGGACAACGUCGACAAGGCGCCGACGUGUCUGCACCUCAUCGGCACCGCCGAAGACGACCACACGGUCGCAGCAUAUGCGCGGCUGCUCGGGCCUGGCACGAAGAGCCCGACGCAGGUGCACGCGGUCAUUAGCCGCGUCGUGACCGCGCCUGCGCAUCGCGGGUCGGGCGUCGGCAAAGCCCUCAUGACCAAAGCCAUUGAAGCGUGCGACCACUCGUGGCCCAACACUCCAAUCCUCCUCAACGCCCAAGCCCGCUUGGCACCGUUCUAUUCGUCGCUCGGCUUUGUACAGUCGUCCGAGCUCUACACUGAAGACGGCAUCGAGGCCAUCGACAUGCUUCGCCACCCGCCAACCACAUCAGCCUAAGCUCUAUCGGCUGUAGUAGACGCUAGCUGACCCACGUCGACCAGUAGAAGGAGAAAAUCCCAACACGCAUUUUCAUCGC